CCGACACACGUCCAAGUGGCCUCAAGACGGCCCAAAGACGGCUUCAAGUGCUCCGUAGCCAUUUUGGCUCAAGAACAGCGAGGUCCUGGCAGCCUCCCGCUCGGAACGCCAAGUGGCUUGCCCGAAGUUCCAGGACCGCACCUGUCGUAGAGCAUGACGAUCGGACCGCCGAGGCGCGUGUCGUCGCAGCAGGUGGAACGCGAGAACGGCGAGUCUGGUGCCGCGUCUUCGCCAGAGGACUUAAGGCACGCACAGGCGUGGCUUCACAGCCGCCUGCGCGACCUGAACGAGGACGACUUCGAGGGAGGACUCCGCAUUUUCUGCACCAGUAACCUGGUGCCUCCGGAGGCCUUCCAGGACGUGUGGCACGUGAUCUCCAGGGACUCGGACAUACGCGAAGGUACACCCCUGCUCAGCGGGGAGGACUCGGCCAAUCUGCACACCAUCCUUGUGUUCUGCAACCAGAACAGUUGCAACGAGGUCAAGAGGCUCUGCGACAUCAUCACGAACAUAGAUACGGGCAGCCAGGACGCCCCGCCCAUGUUCUGGGUGCCCCACUCCGCUGCGCCUGGCUCCCAACGCCAGGACAACUCGGACUUAGUGAGGCCAGAGCUGGUGGGUGAUCUCUUGCGCAAGGGCCUGGACGGCAUCGUGUGCGGCGAGCCAGCGGGGCUGCGACUCUCCAUGGCCGUGCGCUCGAUGAUCCGCAAGUCGGCGAUCCUCUCGCGGAACCUGACCGAAAUGGUCGCGGAGACCCGCUCGCGGACGCAGUACGCGGAGUAUUUGCAGCAUUGCGCGCACGCGGCCCUGUGGGACUACGUGAGGGCCCGCCUGGCGCCCGAGAUCCCGCCGGUCGACCACAACCUUGAGCCCGGAGAGCCGCAGGAGCUUCCCGGCUACAUCAUCGGGAACAAGCUCGGACAGGGGAUGUUUGGGUCUGUCUACAAGUUGACGGAGAGGCCCGGGGUGGGCAACAGGGUCCAGGUUGUCAAGGUGGUGUCCACUGAGGCCAUGACGGAAAUCAGAGACUUGAUGCACCUCAACCGCAUGAUCCGCGUGAUGCAGAUGCUGAGCGACGAGAAGACGCGUCAUCCGAACAUUAUUCGUCUUCACCAGACAUACCACUCGCCGACGCACAUCAUCUUUCGACUGGAGUACGGGGGCCCAGAGAACUUGUACCGCCGCCUGCACCACCGCCAAGCACUUCAGCCGGAGAAGCAGCGACCACUGAGCAUCGACAGGGUCGUGAAGAUCGCCUCGCAGUGCGUCGAGGCAGUGUGGCACCUGCACGCAGUGGUGCAGGUCUGCCACCGCGACAUCAAGCCAGAAAAUAUCAUCGUGAAUGAGACGCCCGAGACCAUCACCAUCAAGCUGGCCGACUUCGACCUCUCCGUCAUCAUCCAGGACGACAGCAAGAUGUGCCAGAGCCCCUGCGGCACCGUGCCCUUCGCCGCCCCAGAGGUGCUCCGAGAUGGUCCCGCCUACGACCCCUGCCCAGCGGACAUCUGGAGCCUGGGCGUCGUGCUCGCGGAGGUAUUCUGCGGGGUGCGUGUGGUGGAGCUCGCGAUCGAGGACGCAGAACCAGAGGUGCGGCCAGAGGGCGAAAACACAACGUUCACCGAGUGCAUCCAGACCUUCUUCCAGAUGCCUGCCGCGGUUGCCAACAUGCUGGAGAAGAGUUGCCGCCCAGAGCUCCGCUCACUGCUGCCCACCUGCAGCGCGAUGCUCACCGGGAUGCUGGUGGUCGACCCCACUCAGAGGAUGGAGGCCGACGACGUCCGCUCCGUGGUGGAGCAGGGCUUCGCGCCUCUGGCCCUGGGGCCCGCCGCGCCCGCGGGGCCGAUGGCGCCCGGCGGUCGGCGGCGGCGCGCCCCGCCGCGCGGAGCUGCGGAGGGCGCCCCGGCAGCGGGCGUCACACCGUGAGGCCCUCCGCCGCCACGCCGCGGCGGUGGCGCGGCGCACGGCGGGGUGCAGAGGCCGCCCGCGGCGCGCGGCGGGCCGCGUCGCGCCCCGCCCGCCCGGAGUCGCAGGCGAUGCCGCGAGCCCAUUCCAUUACUCACUGAGCGCGCUCCACUGCUCGCAAAGCACCGGCCUCGACGUCAUAGAUCGCAGAUCCCCCGCUGCAGAUCCAGGCCAUUUGGUAGUAUAGUUACCUUGCGAGUCGUGGGACGCGCUUGUCUACAGUUACCCGCGCCCCAUUGGAAGGCCUCCAUCUGCAGCGUUGUGCAGGCAGCGCUGGCUCCUCAGUACCGCGCCCUGGCCGCAAAUCAGGACCAGCAUUUCUUCAUGCUACGGGCAGCGAAGCCGAGCGUGCCCCGAAUGCCGUUUCAAGAUCCCGACGACUCUUGGAUUUACACGCACCAUAGCUGGGCGGUCUUCUUGGAUUUUUAGCCAGCCGCCAGGGUUCGCA